AAAGUGCAGAACGUUGACGCGGCCCGACGGACGUCUAGCGGCGCGGUCGGUCUCUCAACGCCGGGCCGCGAGAUCUCCGUGCCCUCUCUCCAGCUCGCCGGAGGCACCGGCGGCUGACUAGGCGACGUCUUCACUCCAUGCUCUCGCCCCUAUCCAGCACGGCGACCGACGGCGACUCCGGCAAACAAGACGGCGGCUGGCAGCGAGUGUAGGAGUAUCCAACUGGUGUGAUCAUUGCUUGCUAUUUCUAAGGUGUUCUUCGAUGGCUCAAUUCAUGGAUUUACGGGCAUUCAUCAUGCGUGCACGUGUCUUGAAAUUUUAUAGGCAGGCACUUCGCAUCACUCGCCGAGCUCCUGAGCACGCUCGUGAUGAGCUGAGGCAGACAGUAAGGUUGGAGAUUGAAAAGAAUCGCCACUGUGAUGAUAAGGCAAAGAUUAGGUUUCUAAUUAGUGAAGGACUACAAAGAUUAAAAGGUCUUGAUGAGAUGCUUGACAUGACAGGAAGAAGUUGAUUUGAGUUGUAUCACUGGGAACUGCUCCAGUAUUCAGUUAUCUUCCCUGAUUUUAUGAAAUCAAUAGUUCGAUGCAGCUCAGUUUUGACAGAUAUCAAAACAACACUUGCUAGACUUCGGUGCAAAAUCUGUGCAACUUUUAUUUGAGAAUGAAGGUUUGGGUGAUCAAUAGUAGCACCAACUGUGGAAAGUUACAUCACAAGUUCUAGAUCACUUCUUUUGUAAAACACUGGGAUUGAACCAGCACACUGUUGCGACAACCUCUUCUUAUUUUGUAAUUUAUUACAGUCUAUUGAGUGUCUUUUCUUA